AUGUCAGAAGAAAAUGUUUCGAAGUUGAGAUAUCCAGAAUACUGGGAUCGGAGUCCUGACACCUGGAACGUGAAUGAUUGGGAUAUAUAUUGGAUCGAAAAGCAACCACAUUUAGCGACCCCACAUAACUCUCAUCUGGCCUUGUCUGAAGAAAUAAGGCAUCUGAAGAAAAUACAUGCGGAUACCAAACAUCCUACCAAUAAGCGUCCGCGUAUGCGUGGUUAUGGAAACGUUUGGUUUGGGGCCUUUAUCAAUAAAGACAAGGAAAACAAAAGAAUAUGGGAGAGACGCGAUAAAUUUAGGUCAUUAGGAAUUGAAUCUCAAUUGAUCGACAGAAAGAUAGGCAUUCGAGAUGGCUUGAAUAUAGCGCGAAAAGGAUUCCAAGUGUAUUCCGAGAUGGAUUUUGAUGAUCCUCCAAUAAUAUCUAUAUGUGAUAGUGAUGACGACGAUGAUGAAGAAAUUCCUGCUUUGGAUAGUGUUUUCAGUUCUGUACCGACCAACAUACAGAAUUGGAGGUUACCCUCAGGAAAAUUCGUUAAAGACAUUUUUGCUGAAAAUGUAUCUCGACAUGCAGAAACCUUAAAAAGCAAGGGGAAAUUAACUGCAGCGGAGAAAGCUACCCUGAGAUAUAGCAUGUCAAGAAUAAUCGAUCUUUCGGCACAUAUGCGGGCGUGGUUUUCUGUCAGUGAACGUCAGAAUAUGAUGAAGGACUACGAAGAAAUUCUCAAAGUUUCCGAGUUGACGGAAGACGUAAAUGAGUUUAUUGCAAAGGUGGAAAAGAUGGUAAAGGAAGGCAAUGUCAAUGGAGCAUACAAAUAUUGUCUCAAUCAGCAUGCAGAUGCACCUGCCCGUACUUGUCUUUAUAAAAUAACUAAAAUUUAUAGUGAUUUCCUUUUUAAGGUCAGAGAUAGAAAUGAUCUGUUAGAUUGUGGUGGUGAAUAUCACACUGAAAUUGAUGUUAUUGUAAAAGCAUGUACUUAUAUCGUUGAAGGGUUGCAAAAUAGAGAUGGAAUACAUUGUAAAUGGGGCGAAUCGUUUUGUCCUUUGAGCCAAUCCACAAGUUAUGAGAAGGGUCGUAAGUGCGAUGUCCGGUUUUUAAGUCCUGCAGGAAUAGAUCUUGGUGAAUGGGAGUUUGCUGCUAAAGCAACUCCAGAAAAAGCAAUUAGAGAUCGUUGUCGCUCAGCUAGAAUCAACCAAUCAAUUUUGAAUGGCCUGUUGAGCUGUGAGUUGACUGAUGAACAAGUGAACAUGAUCAAGGUUCCAUUUUUGCAAAUUGCUGGAGUUUGUGGACAACUAUUAGUAGAAGGCCUGGUAAAUGGAUUCUAUGUUGUUUUUCCCGGCUCAACAUUUGAGUUACCAACCAAAUUGGCACACAUCGGAAAAUUAAAAUCAACAAUAAAAAUUUUUAACCAUGUAAUGGAAAUAUAUGAAAAUGUCAAUAAAAUGUUUUAUGAAUUGCAUGGGCGUAACUUACUCAAGGAUAUCUUCAAAGUUGAUGAUGAAAAAUCAACACAAUGCAAAUCAAAAUUUAUUCACGAACCGUGGUGGACACCAAAAAAUAAAUCUCAAAAAUCUCAAGUAUUAACCGCGAUCGAAGAAAUGGAAAGUAAAUUGUUUAUUAAAUGUAACAAACAAGGCGACGAUGAUCUUGAAUUUUUAUGUACAAGA